GAUACGACACGACGCGCGAGAUGACUUACCAGAACCGGGGUGGGUCCCACUUCCCUACUCAUCACACGCCGUCAACCACACGUUUCAGAUCACUUCCUACUUCCAUUUCAAACGACGCCGUUAGGUAUUACGGUCCAGACAGAAGACCAGUACCAUCAAUCCGUCGGUCGGCGUCUAAUCUAAUCCCUCGUACAUGAUGCGUGGGGCCCAAAAAUGGCCGGAGGUAGCGCAGUCGUAGAGCUUAGGAUAAGACGGCCUCAGCGGAUUCCAUACUCGCAGCCUCGCUUUCGAAUUGGAUGUUUCAGAUUUGUAUUUUCUUCGUCAGUUUUUUAAUCUUUACCGCCAUCGCCUAUUGGAGCUCUGAAUUGUUGCUGGCUUUGAUGCCAUUGCCAUUGGCAUACAAGUAACGCGAACGCAAACGCCAACUUCAUAUUCUCUUAUUCAUCAUCUUCACUGGUGUUCCGAUUCCAAGGAAGAAGACGAAGCGCUGAGACGAUGAAGAAAAAACCGCUUAAUCCUGUUGUUUUACUCCACAUUAUCUUCGUUUUACUUUUCUCUGCCUGUUUUUGCUUCGCCAAUCGUGAUAUGGAAGCGCUCUUGCAGAUGAAGAGCGCCUUGAUUGGACCGGGGAUGUCGGGGCUUCACGAUUGGGAGCCGUCGUCAUCGCCUUCUGGACAUUGCGCUUUCUCCGGUGUCUCAUGCGACGUCGAUUACAGAGUUGUUUCGCUUAACGUCUCGAAUUUUCGUCUAUUUGGCCGGAUUUCGCUGGCGAUUGGAAUGCUGGACAAACUUGUGAACCUAACAUUGGUGAAUAAUAAUCUCACUGGAGAGCUUCCUCUGGAAAUGGCGAAACUCACGUCCCUUAGGACUCUUAACCUCUCCAACAACGCCUUCCGUGACAAUUUACCGGCGGAAAUCAUGCUCGGAAUGACGGAACUCGAGGUCUUCGAUAUUUAUAACAACGAGUUUAGCGGGCCGCUUCCGGAGGAGUUCGUGAAGCUGAAGAAGCUUAAGUAUCUUGACCUCGGCGGAUGCUACUUCACCGGUCAGAUUCCGGAGGUUUACUCUGAGAUGCAGACGUUGGAGUUCUUGAGCGUUCGGGGAAAUGGGCUUAGCGGAAGGAUUCCGGCGAGUUUGGCGCGGUUGAAGAAUCUGAGAUAUCUUUACGCCGGGUAUUUUAACCAUUACGACGGCGGAAUUCCGUCCGAGUUUGGAUCGUUGAGUUCCCUUGAGCUUCUCGAUUUAGGAUACUGUAAUCUCUCAGGUGAAAUUCCUCCGAGUUUGGGGAAUUUGAGGCACCUGCAUACUUUGUUUCUACAAAUAAAUAAUCUUACUGGUCGGAUUCCCUCGGAACUUUCUGGUUUGGUUAGUCUCAAAUCGCUGGACCUCUCGCUGAACGAACUCACCGGAGAGAUACCGGCGAGUUUCGCGGCACUGCAGAACAUUACGCUGAUCAAUUUGUUCAGCAACAAACUUCACGGUCCAAUUCCUUCUUUCGUCGGUGAUUUUCCGCAUCUCGAAGUGCUUCAGUUGUGGAGCAACAAUUUCACGCUCGAACUCCCCGAGAAUCUCGGGCGCAACGGAAAACUGUUUCUGCUCGACGUGGCCACCAACCACCUCACUGGACUCAUUCCUCCGGAUUUAUGCAAAGGUAGUUUGAAGAUUUUGAUUCUGUUGGAUAAUUACUUCUUCGGGCCCAUCCCUGAGGAACUAGGACACUGUGCAUCGCUCACGAAAAUAAGAAUUGCGGGAAAUUUCUUCAAUGGAACGGUUCCGGCUGGAUUCUUCAAUUUUCCCGUGUUGGAGCUACUCGAUGUCAGUUAUAAUUACUUCUCCGGCGCCCUUCCAUAUCAAAUGUCAGGAGAGUCUCUUGGAAGUCUACAGCUUAGUUACAACCACAUCACCGGGGAAAUUCCGGCGGCUAUUAAGAAUUUAAAAAACUUGCAGGUUCUUUCUCUGGAUCAUAACCACUUCACCGGAGAGUUGCCUUUGGGAAUAUUUGAAUUUAAUAAGUUGCUGAAGAUCAAUAUGAGCAAUAACAACAUAAGCGGCGAAAUUCCGCAUUCGGUCGUUCACUGCACGUCUUUAACGUCAAUUGAUCUCAGUGUAAAUUUCCUCGUAGGCCAAAUCCCCAAGGGAAUUUCGAAACUGAAAAUCUUGAGCGUCCUGAAUUUUUCGGGAAAUCGACUGACGGGCCAAAUUCCGAACGAGAUUCGGUCGAUGAUGAGUCUCACGACUCUAGAUUUGUCACACAACAACUUCUUCGGUAGAAUUCCCACCGGCGGCCAGUUUUCGGUAUUCAACGUCAGCGCAUUCGCCGGAAACCCUAACCUCUGCUUCCCCAACCACGGGCCUUGUGCAUCUCUACACAGCAAUUUCAGAUCCUUUAAGCUGAUCAUUCCAGUCGUUGCGAUAUUUACUGUCCUGUUAUGCAUACUCGCCGCUGUUUACCUCCGGAAGCGAAAGAGGAUUCAGAAAUCAAAGGCUUGGAAGCUCACGGCGUUUCAACGCCUGAACUUCAAAGCGGAAGACGUCCUCGAGUGCUUAAAGGAGGAAAACAUCAUCGGCAAAGGCGGCGCCGGCGUGGUGUACCGUGGAUCUAUGCCGGACGGUUCCAUCGUCGCGAUCAAACUGCUGUUGGGAAGCGGCCGGAACGACCACGGUUUCUCCGCCGAAAUCCAGACACUAGGGCGAAUCAAGCACCGGAAUAUCGUCAGGCUUUUGGGCUACGUGUCGAACAGAGACACGAAUCUGCUGCUGUACGAGUACAUGCCCAAUGGGAGCUUGGACCAGAGGCUGCAUGGAGCGAAAGGCGCACAUCUGCACUGGGACUUGCGGUACAAGAUCGCGAUGGAAGCCGCCAAAGGGCUCUGUUACUUGCACCAUGAUUGUACGCCGCUGAUCAUUCACAGAGACGUGAAGUCCAAUAAUAUACUGCUGGAUAAGUUCUUUGAGGCGCAUGUGUCGGACUUUGGGCUCGCCAAAUUCUUGCAGAACGGCGGCGCGUCCGAGUGCAUGUCCUCCAUUGCCGGCUCCUACGGCUACAUCGCUCCAGAAUACGCCUACACACUGAAAGUGGACGAGAAAAGCGACGUGUACAGCUUUGGUGUAGUACUGCUGGAGCUGAUAGCCGGGAGGAAGCCAGUGGGCGAUUUCGGAGAAGGCGUGGACAUAGUGAGGUGGGUCCUGAAAACCACAUCGGAGCUGUCUCAGCCGUCGGAUGCAGCCUCAGUAUUAGCCGUGGUGGACUCGCGGCUCACCGAAUACCCUCUCCAAUGCGUGAUCCACCUCUUCAAAAUAGCGAUGAUGUGCGUGGAGGAAGACAGCUCCGCAAGGCCAACCAUGAGGGAGGUCGUCCACAUGCUCUCCAACCCCCCAAGGUCUGCCCCUACCCUCAUCGACCUCUAAUAAAACACACUUUUUUCUGUCAAUAAAAAUGAAGCUGCCAAACAUCUCAUCAACUCUUAACCAACAAAAAGAAGAUAUUUAGAUAUGUAUACAUGAAUCUAUCUGUAAUUAACUAGUAUUGUGAGGUGAUUAAUGGCGUGCUUAUGUUAUCUAAUCUGUGAGUAGUGGUCGUGAACAUAUUUUGUACUUCAAAUGUUAAUAUAUGGAUUGGUAUCUUGGUUGUAGUGUA